CUGUUUGUCAGUGAAGACGCUGUGUGAGACUCGAUCUGACACUCUUCUGCUGGGAUUGAGCUCUUCUCUUCUGGAAACUGGACUUUAGAGAAAUGAUGCUGAUCUUUGGACUGAUGCUGCUGCUGCAAACUGCUGCAUCUCCUAUUGGCUCAGUGGAAGUGUCAAUCAUCUGCUCCUCCAAUCAGAGGUCAGUGUUCUGCUCAUCUGACGGGGACCAGAUCAUCUACAGCUGGACUCUGAAUGGAGAAAUACUAGAACAAGGACCAAUGAAUGGAAACACCACCAUUCAGCUAAAAGAGGAAACUGAUGGAGACAUCAUCUGCAGCGUGAAGAACCACGUCAGUCACGCAGAGACAUCCAUUAGACUCAAACCCUGUCCUGGUCUGGAUCUGUUCUGCAGUUUUGGUCAAUCUGGUCCCUGUUACGCAGCUCUUGGAGACAAACUCAAUCUGCUGAUGGUGGACGCUAGAAAAUAUGAUCUGCAUUUAAUAAAGAGAAUAAACGACAACACAGCAGAUGAUCCAGUGUGUAGAGUAAAGAAUGACAACAAGAAGGAAUGUGAUCUUUAUAAAAACAGACCUGAAGUGACAGUCAUUAAUGGGACUGUGAUAAUAAAGCGUGUGAACAGAUCAGAUUCUGGGAAUUACAGAUUAACACUCACUGAAUCAGACGGCACAGAAACAUCUAGAGAUCUUCAAGUGAUUGUUGAAGCUCCUAUUGGCUCAGUGAAUGUGUCAAUCAUCUGCUCCUCCAAUCAGAGGUCAGUGUUCUGCUCAUCUGACGGGGAUCACAUCAUCUCCAGCUGGACUCUGAAUGGAGAAAUACUAGAACAAGGACCAGUGGAUGGAAACACCACCAUUCAGCUAAAAGAGGGAAAUGAUGGAGACAUCAUCUGCAGCGUGAAGAACCACGUCAGUCACGCACAGACGUCCAUUAGACUCAAACCCUGUCCUGGACCAACUACUGCAGCUGUGACACCAACACCAGAAUCUGGUCUGGAUCGGUUCUGCAGUUUUGAUCAAUCUGAUUCCUGUAACGCAGCUCUGGGAGACAAACUCAAUCUGCUGAUGGUGGACGCUAGAGAAUAUGAUCUGCAGUUAAAAAAGAGAAUAAACAACAACACAGCAGAUGAUCAAGUUUGUAGAGUAAAGAAUGACAACAAGAAGGAAUGUGAUCUUUAUAAAAACAGACCUGAAGUGACAGUCAUUAAUGGGACUGUGAUAAUAAAGCGUGUGAACAGAGCAGAUUCUGGGAAUUACACAUUAACACUUUAUAACUCAGUCGGCACAGAAACAUCUAGAGAUCUUCAAGUGAUUGUUGAAGCUCCUAUUGGCUCAGUGAAUGUGUCAAUCAUCUGCUCCUCCAAUCAGAGGUCAGUGUUCUGCUCAUCUGACGGGGAUCACAUCAUCUACAACUGGACUCUGAAUGGAGAAAUACUAGAACAAGGACCAAUGAAUGGAAACACCAGCAUUCAGCUAAAAGAGGAAACUGAUGGAGACAUCAGCUGCAGUGUGAAGAACAACGUCAGUCACGCACAGAAGACCAUUAGACUCAAACCCUGUCCUGGACCAACUACUGCAGCUGUGACCUCUAGUUUGACCUCUACAAAAAAUGGUACGAGUUUGUCAUCAGAUCAAACCCACACUGAAGAAUUCAGACGAAUGCUUUUACAAUUCUCUCUGAUUGCUUUGGGCUGCGUAGCUCUGAUCCUGAUUCUGCUGUUCAUCACCGUAUGUUACAUUUACAAGAAGAAGCAGGUCAAGUCAACACAAGCCGCUGCUGGAGAUAUGGAGCUCAUAUACGCUGAUAUCUCUCAUGAGAAAAAGAGUGAAAAGAAGAAUACAGAAUCUUUCUCAGCUUCUGAUGUGGAAUAUGCCGCUGUCCAGCCGCAGACAAAGAGAAAGAAGAAGAAGAACAAGGAGGAGGUGGAGGAGGUUCAGUAUGGCGAGGUGACGUUCACUCCAAAACAAGCAACUGCUCCACAGCAGAAGCUUCAGGAGGAGUGUGUUUACUCACAGGUACAGAGAGACUAGUUUCACAGCAACACCUUGUGAAGGAUUGCACUUUCCCUGGAAACCGAGUGCUUAUUUUCACUAAUGUUUGGUUUGGAACUUCUAUAGGCUAUAUAAAGUAGUUAUCUCUUUGCAUUUGUAAAUUAUUUAGCUUGACAUGUUAACGAUGGUACUGUAUGUUAAUAUGUGGUGUUAUGGGUUGUAUAGCGUGAGCUUUAUUGUACAUGUCUGGGCUGAACUGUCAUGAGUAAGCAAAACAAUGAAAAAAAAACAGGAAACCAAUCGCAUGUUAUUUUCUCUCGAACUUCUGUGCACUUCUGUUUUUAGCACUUCUCGAUUUGUAACUGCGACUAUAUGAAGGCAAGAAAAAGCUUAAAUGAAUGUCAGCUUAUAAUCAUGAAUCUUGAGGAGGUGAUCGAUGUGCACAUGUGCUCAAAAGUCAUUAAAAAACACCCUGAUAGCAUACAUGCAUCACAGAGAUGUCUAUUUGAUGUCUGCAUUACAUCUGCAAAAACUGAGUUUUUAGAGUUUUGCACAUCUGCAAUACGUCUAUAAGAUGUUUCCUAUCAGAUGUCAAAUAGACGUUUAGAAGAUGUUUUUAAGAUGUUUGUGAUUUAGAAAUGAAUGUAAAACUGACUUCUUAAAGACGUCUAUCAGAUGUUUGCACACAGCAGAUGCUUUCCAAAUGAAUUGAUCUUAAACAGACGUCUUGCAGAUGUGAUGCAGUUUGGUGAUUUGGAAUUAAAACAUUUCAAAGCAAUUGAAGUCUGAGCUUUUCUAGAUUGAGUUAUGCAUUUAUAAAUGUGCCCAUCCUGAGUGACGUGAGGCAGUCACAUAUUGUUUUGAAACAUUUACAGCAGAGUUGGAAAUUAACAGGGGCUUGUGGCAAAAAAAAAUGCCACCAAAAUGAAAAAAAAAUUCCACACAAAUUCAAGAUAAAGGGGUAAAAAUUGCCUCAGCGGAAAUAAACAAUGUAUUACAGCUGUCGUGAUUAAAAUGAAAUACUCACGCUGCAUCAGAUUGCUUUUUACACUUUUUUUAUUUUAGUAUUUAUUAUUUGUUUAUUUAGUAUUUUGAUUGAUUGAAGUAAUUGGUUAAAUUCAAGUAUUUGACAUGAAAGACAACUCCGAUAAAAUUAUUAAGGUGCUGAUAAAAACUGCCCUCACGAAUGUAUAAUAUGAGUAAAUUUCUGACCCUGGUUUACAGAACACUUCUGUGUACAAAUAAAUAUUGCAUUACUAAUGUCUUAAAUUUCAUCUCUCAAGUACAGGGAAAGACCUGAGAAAGGCCGAAAAGGCCUGGUAAUAUCUGAAGGUUUGCACACGUAAUUGCAUUAAGUCCUGUAGUGUUGAUUGAUAGUAAAUAGUAACCUAUUUGUUUCUACCAGCUAAAUUAGUCAAGGGGUUCAGUUCCCAAAGAAAAACUUAAUAGCUUGAAUUCACAGUAAAAUGCAUGUAAACACGUCUUCUAAAAGCAGAAAUCAAAAUGCACUCAAAUCAGUUGAAUCUUUGUUGCUUUCAUUGAUAAUAGUUUUGUUUGGUUGGUUUGAAUUGGUUUUAUAAGUAUGUCAGUUUUUAUCUGCAUACAUUCAGUAUACUGUCAUUGAUUGCUUAAACACAUUUCUUGAAACUAUGCCUCAUGUCUAGUCAGGCUUCUUCCAUUCCAUCGUCUCUGUGUCCUACAAAAAUUGAAGUUCUGAUUACUGUAACUGUAAAAUCCUUUUUACAAAAUGGAAGCAGACAGACACUAUCUGUAUGCAAUUUGAUGUUGUAACAGAGUACAGCCCUCAAAAGUUACAGUAGAAUACACUGACGAACACCAACUUGUUUUCCUCCCUGAAUGUUCUCAUGAUUGAGGCGAGUGUGAAGCAACUUAAGUUUUGCUGAACUCAUUGCCCAGACUUCCUCAUAGUCAUAUCAUGGGCAAGGAAGGACAUGGUCAACUAGUGUCAAAAAUUUCAUCUGAGGCUCCUCCUCCUCCUCCUCCUCCACCCUGGUAUUUUCAAUCACGUCUCUCUGGAUCCAUUGAUGCAAAACUGAAUGAACUGACUGGAACUCUUUAUUCUAUCAAUUGAAGGUUCUGAUUGGUGUGAUUAAACUUUGACUGUAGUGUUACCGCGUCGGUAACUGUGUGCUUAUUGAGCUCAAGCUAUUCUGACUUGAGUGAACAAUAUUAAAUGCUAGUGUUUUCUUAAUGACAACAUGGUGUUGGUAAUGAGAAAUGAAGGGAUUUGUGUGUAGAGUUUCACAGUGACAGUUCAACAAAUCUGAUUCAUGUGUCAAAAAAUAGAGUUUAAAGUUUAGAGAAAUUAGUUUGCUUUUUAAUAAAUGGUGCUAUGGUCUUGAAAUUGUAGUUCAAAGCCUGGUUAUAGUGUUUAAGCAGUUGAGAAAGAAAUUUAAAUUAAUGUACAAUAUUGGCCAGAUCUUUAUAUGGAUAUUUAAGUUGGAUAUAUAAGUAUAUGAAGCUGUAUUUGCAUGCAUACUGUGCAGUCAU